AUGUCUGUAUCACAAGUGCACUAUCAACAAAAUGGACAUCAAGUACAAUUUGAAUCAGCGACGUGUGAUGAUUAUUCAAAACGCUGUCAACGUAUCCAGCAACGACUUGUUUUAUUGAUUCAUGCUAAAAAAUGCCAGAUUCGUGAAAGGGAAAGUGGUACCAUCAGCUGCACCUGGUUACACUGUUUGAUAAUGAAAGAAGUAUUAAAUCAUCUGUUAAAUUGUCAAGCUCAAAGUGAAUGUCUUGAAGCACACUGUUAUUCAUCAAAAAUGAUUAUUAAACACUGGAAUUAUUGUCAAGAUAUCACCUGUGAUAUUUGCUCUCCAUUGAAGCAAGCUGAACAGGAACAUGCUGAUAAAAUUAUGCAGCAAGCAAAAGAUUUUCAAGAACUUUUUGAUAGUGUACUUGGAUCAGAUUCAAUUGAUGAUCAAUCAUCCAGUUCAAAUGGUCAAACAAAUGAUUUGCUUGAUCAACAAAUCAUUGAAUAUACAAAUUCAUUUGAAUCAGAAAAAGUUGAAGCAAUUCCAGUUGAUGUUACACAAUUGACUAAUAAAUGGCAAUCAUGUAUUACUGAUAAAAUACGAAAUGAUAAUGUCAGUAGAAUGAUCAAAAAAUUAAUUUCACCAUUCGAUUUAAAUUCAUUGUGUGAUGGCAAGUUUGAUGAAAUAUCAAAUCAUGUUAAAACUGUUGAAAAAGGAUUUUAUGGAAUGGCUAAAUCACGAGAUGAGUAUGAUUCAUUGGUUGGUAUUGAUCAUGACCUAAAAUAA